AUGAGCAAGAGACCGCCGCCUGAUCCGGUGGCUGUGCUUAGAGGUCACCGCCACUCUGUUAUGGACGUUUCAUUUCAUCCAUCGAAAUCUCUGCUUUUCACUGGUUCAGUUGAUGGAGAGUUGAGGAUUUGGGAUACUAUUCAGCACCGUGCAGUUUCUUCUGCUUGGGCUCAUAGUAAAGCACAUGGGGUUUUAGCUGUAGCAGCUAGUCCGUGGUUAGGAGAGAACAAGAUUAUCAGCCAGGGAAGAGAUGGAAGUGUCAAGUGUUGGGAUAUUGAAGAUGGUGGUCUAUCAAGGGACCCAUUACUAGUACUCAAUACAAGCUCCUAUCAUUUUUGCAAGUUCUCUCUUGUUAAGAAGCCUAAGACUUCUCUAAAAGAAGUUGGAAGUCAUCCAAAGAAUUGCGCUGAGGAAGAUGCUGGAGACACGCGUAAUGUUCAACGUAUAGAUGAUAGUGAGGGAUCUGCGGGGGAUUCUGGUUUGCUUCAGGAUGGAGAUCAUGAUGAAGGUACCACUUAUGUAGCAGUAGCAGGGGAGCAACCUGCUGAGGUGGAGAUAUGGGAUCUCAAUACCGGAGACAAGAUCAUACAGCUUCCUCAAGCUAGCUCUGACGAAUGGCUCGAUGAUUCUACCAAAGAAAGAGGAAUGUGUAUGUCUGUUCAGUUAUUCUGCCCUCCUGAAUCACAGGGUUUCUUAAAUGUCUUAGCUGGUUAUGAGGAUGGUUCAAUGCUGCUUUGGGAUUUACGCAAUCCUAAGAUUCCUCUAACAACCGUGAAGUUUCAUUCAGAGCCAGUUUUAAGCCUUUGCGUUGCAUCAUCAUGUGAUGGAGGUAUCUCAGGAGGGGCAGAUGACAAAGUCGUGAUGUUUAAUCUCAACCAUUCAACUGGUUCUUGUACAUUGAGGAAAGAGAUUAUUAUGGAAAGGCCAGGCGUAUCUGGCACCUCAAUCCGAUCCGAUGGGAAAAUUGCAGCCACAGCUGGUUGGGACCACAGAGUAAGGGUCUACAAUUACCGCAAAGGAAAUGCUCUAGCGAUACUGAAGUACCACCAAGCAACGUGCAACGCCGUGUCCUACUCUCCAGACUGUGAGCUAAUGGCUUCUUCGUCUGAGGAUGCAACCGUUGCUCUCUGGAAACUCUAUCCUCCCCACAAAUCUCUCUGA